CGCGGCUGUGACGUCUGAGAGGGGGGAGUUGGGGAGGCAAUUGCCGGCCUGGAAGAGGAGGAGGUGAUGGAGGAGAAAGAGCAGCUGAGGCGCCAGAUUCGCUUGCUGCAAGGUCUCAUCAAUGACCAUAAAAACGUUCAUGGGGAUGCACCAGUUCCUCCUCCUGCCCCGACACCUAGGUGGAGAAAUCCCAGACCUCCUGCCUUUAGUAGCCAUGGUGUCUUCUCCGCUAGAUAUCCCCAGCAAACCCAGAGAGAUUUCCCACCUUGCCAGAGCAACGCCAACGCCUGGAGAAACAAAUAUUCUCUUGUCAAUGUACCACUUCGACCGGCACUUUCUUCUGGAAGCAGCGUUUCUGCGAGUGCUUCUCGAACCAUCCUGAACCACAGAAGCACUGAGGCAGCUGAGCCACAGCCAGUGAUUUCAGGAAGAAGCGUGGGCCUCAGAGCAGGUGGUAGCAUUGUUGGGGUGCAGGCUGCUGGCUCAGCAGUGGACAGUGCUAUUGUCUCAGGGUCCCAGCGGAGCAUCUCAGGAGCAACAGGGGGCACAGCUGCUUCUAGAGGAUGCGUAAACAGCACUGGUAGGCCUUCUAAUAGUAGCUCAACGGAGAGCAAAGGACCACGUGCAUCAACCUUGCAUUGCAAAACCUUUGCUAGGGGUAAGAGUGACACACCUGCAGCGUGUCAGAAGAGACCUAUGACUGCAAAAGCAAUGAGGGGUGCGUCAGAACGUUCCCCGGACUUGUGUAGGACUAUCAGCGAGAGUGCCGUUGCGUUGAAAUCUGGCCCUCAGCAGCCUCUGACCUUGCCUGGUCAUGAAUCGGGUUAUCCGUUAGCAGGGAAGAAACCAGCACCACAGGUUCCAGCUUUGCGUAGUUCACAACAAAACUCUGCGGUCGCAGACAAACCUAACUCCUUGAGGGUUGCCGAGAGGUCUGUUGUAGGUACUGCUUCAGCUUGGGAAGCAUCUUCAACUGUUGGGAUGAGUCUCUCCAAGAGCAAGCAUUCAGUACCUGUUCUUCAGAGAUCUCCUGCUUUGCCAACCUCCAUCAAAUCUCCAAGAUUCAGGAAAACCAACUACACGUGGGUGGCAAAUCCAAGUAAAUCCCCCCGAACUGUGAAAAGAUGGGCUUCUUCUAGAGUCUCUGAAAACGCACGCAAGUUUUCUGGGGGUGCAGAGGCGAUCUCCAAGUUACAGCCGAAGGGGGACUUGGGAGCAAAGCAAAAGAAAUCCAACCAGCACUCAAAACUAGGGAUUUCUUCCAGUCAGUAUAAGUGGAAGGCUUUUAGUGCCCAGCCUUCUCCUUCCACAUCCACGUCCGCGUUCACGUGGCAGCGUAAGGAAUGUGACGGGGCUGCAGCUUUCCCUCUGGUGGGAGCCAGCACUUCCCUUCAGACCGUGAGACGUGGACCUCUUGGCCAUGGUAAUCCAAAACCGUUCUCUGGAAAUACUGGCUUUUUCAAUUACAAACUGAAGAGCCGGACCAAAAUCAUCAAGAGAAAGGGGAGUUUUUGCUCUCCCGCCGAUAAGAGGAACAGCUCAUUCCCUGCCAUGCUUCUGAAGAGUCGCUAUUGCCUCAGGAAAAGGAACUCCCCGCGGGGAAAGGCCUCCCCGACUGCCAGGAGAGCUGGGGCGAAGGGCUUGGUACAGAUUGGCAAACACAGGCUACGCCGACUGCCAGCAUCCCGGGUCCAUGGUUCAGCCAAAGAAGGCUCCAGCUUCCUCCUUGUCACAAGCCCCACAGCCAAUAAAGUGGUAAAUACUCGCUAUAGGAUUGUGAAGAAAAACGUGGCUUCUCCUCUGGGUAUGACAGCAUCUUUCAGCAGCCCUGCUCACGGCUGGAAGGCCAGAAGGUUCUCUGCAUCCAGAUCUCUGGUUCUAAACCGCAGCUGCCACUCUCCUCCAGGGACAAAGGCCCAGCCUUUGCAGCACCGCUGGAGGAACAGAGGUCUGCGCUGUAUCGGAGGGGUCAUGUACAGGGUGUCGGCUAACAAGCUUGCCAAAACCUCCAGUUCUCCAGCCAGGAGCGGUGACGCGGCUUGCAGGAGCCACACCAGAGCAGCGAAGACGGAACCUGCACACAGCAUCUCUGGCUAUUCUCCACCUGGUUGCCCCAGCAGGCUGGCCACGAGCCGCUACAUCGCAAGCCGAGCGGUCCAGCGUAGCUUGGCCAUCAUUCGCCAGGCCAAGCAGAAGAAAGAGAAGAAGAAAGAAUACUGCAUGUAUUAUAACCGCUUUGGGAAAUGCAACCGCGGUGAGAGCUGCCCCUACAUCCAUGAUCCAGAAAAAGUGGCUGUCUGCACAAGGUUUCUCCGUGGCACGUGCAAGAAGACGGACGGGACGUGUCCUUUUUCACACAAGGUUUCGAAAGACAAGAUGCCCGUGUGCUCCUACUUCCUGAAAGGCAUCUGCAACAACAGCAAUUGCCCCUACAGCCACGUCUACGUCUCCAGGAAAGCAGAAGUGUGCCCAGAUUUCCUCAAGGGCUACUGUCCCUUGGGAGAGAAGUGCAAGAAGAAACACACUCUGGUGUGCCCGGACUUCUCCAAGCAUGGAAUCUGCUCCAAAGGGGCCCAGUGCAAACUGCAGCACCCUCAGAAGAAGCUCGUGGCCAGGCAGGCCGGUACCAGAGACGCCUUUCAUCGCCAGGGCCCUGCACCAAAGCGGGGGGGCCUUGCAGGUCAGACGCUGAGGAAGCAGGAAGAAGAAGAAAUACCAGGACCUUCAGGGGCAGAACAAAGGAGGGACGUCUGGUGCCCCAAAGUCCUCUCGCAAACCAGCCGGCUAACUAAGCUGCCAUCCUUCAUCUCUCUCCAGUCGCCCCCCACCUCUCCAAGCGAAGAAGACCACGAGCCAGAGAGAGACAAGAACGGGGAAGAAACAGGGAAGCCGCUGCAGAUCAAGCCCCGGCUGUGAGGACGGCUGCCGUCCGGAGCGGAGGCCUCUCCCACCGCCCAGCUCUCCGUCAAACCUCUCAGGGAUCUGAAGCCACCCUGGCAACUACCUCAGGAAGAUGCCAUGUGGAGACAGGCGGGCCGAGGCCUGGCUCCGUUUCGCCUGCUGGGCCGUCUGUUCGUUUUAGGCGAGAAGUGGGGCGCGGGUGAAGCCCGCCCCAGUCUCCUACGGGCCACCGAGGGGGCGGUUUUGUGGUUUUGUUAUUCUAAUAAAGGAGCCUUCCCUUUCCGACUUU